AUAUUUUACUUGGCCUUUUCCCCAUUUUAUUUAUUUGCAUUCAGCUCUCUUUUUUACCGUCUUGAUACGCGGUUGUCAUUGUGUAGCAAGCUAUUUCCAGCCCAUUUCAGAAAGGACUGAACUUGAAAUACAUGUGGUACUGCUGCUAUUUCACUCUUUAAAUAUAGAUGAUAGCGUCAUACUGAUUGUUAAAAGGUAACCACGACAAGCAGUUCAUCCAAAUUCCCGCGAGCAUUUUGCUUUCUCAGAUGAGGAAUGAUUGUUCUGCUGUUUCUGUGGACUACAUUAAACUAUGUUAUUAUUACUAAAGUACACAUAAAAUAUACAUACCCUAUAAAAGUAUAUAUAGUUGGUAUUUAGGUUUUCUUUCUUUCCUUCUUCUUCUUCAUCUUCUAGCUUUUUCUUUUUCUAACCCUUCAUUCGACAAUACUAAGUGUUUAUCUUAAAAAACAAAACAAAAAAAGAAGCAGAUUGUAAACCUACCUGGAUGGACCACGUGGGGUCGCUGUAGACCGUAAAGUGUAGUUUACAUAUUAUUUAAUGCAGGUCAUUUUACUAACCCGUCCCUACGAAUGCUUCACAGAACCUCCUGGCAGGAGUGAAAUGUCUGCGUUUGGUUAUGCUUUUAUUGCAAACGGCGUCUUUACAUCUUUGUUGUUGUUGUUUUUUUAAACAUACAAUUUGAAGUCGUCCUUCUGCUUUAGGAUGGAUGCUAUUUUUGUGUCUCGGUCCACUUGGAUUCUGCUCUCUGUUCUUUUGUUGGAUUUAUCUUCUGGUCAGAUCGUGUAUUCGGUCUCGGAGGAAGUAAACGAGGGAACCGUUGUUGGGAAUGUAGCAAAGGAUCUGCACAUCAGCGUUCAGGAUCUUGAGACUCGAAUGUUUCAGAUGAUUUCCGCAUCUAACAAAAAGUAUUUUGAGGUCAAUCUGAAGACCGGGACGUUGUUUGUUAAUGAAAGGAUUGAUCGAGAGGCGUUGUGCUCCCCAGCUCGCAAAUGUUCCGUCCAUAUAGAGGCUAUGGUUCACAACCCGCUAAGGAUGUUUCGUAUUGAGGUAAAUAUAUUAGACAUAAACGAUAAUGCUCCGUCUUUUCCUAGCAGUAGCCAGAUACUGAACAUAACGGAGGUUUCUGCACCUGGAGAGAAAUUCGCAUUGUCUUUGGCUGAGGAUCCAGACACGGAAAGCAAUACAGUGAAAACCUAUAAAUUAACCCCUAAUGAACACUUUUCUUUAGAUGUACAAAAUGGGGAGGAGAUGAUCUCCGUCGAGCUAGUGUUACAGAAAGCUUUAGAUCGAGAAACGCAGCCAGUGAUUCAUAUGGCCCUACUGCUUUUGAUGGAGGAAAACCUCCGAUGUCUGGGACAUUAGAGAUCGUUGUAAAUGUUUUGGAUUUUAACGAUAACCCCCCAGUUUUCAGUCAACCGCUUUACAAAGUUAAAGUGAAUGAGAAUUCCGCUUU